UUAACGGAUACUUUUCGGUAGCCCUGACGAUUGCGGCUCUCUGAUCUAGAAAGCCAUCGAUUUUGCUUUCAAAGAGUUUUUGUUUCGCGUGGGGAAGGGGAAGAAUCGGAAGAACAAAUGAGCUGUGACAGUUUCAAACUUUUGCCAGAAACAUGUGGGAUUGGCAGGGACAGGAAUAUUGUCUUGAAGAUAACUCCAGUAUAGAAAUAUCGAAGUCUCUGUUCGAUGGAACGCACCAAAAUGCUGAGGAUAUGUCUUCUUUGUUGGACAGUGAAAGUACCCCUUUGAAGGCUUGUGGAGAUUUGGCUUAUCAUACCCCAAGCAAUGAAUUAACAGGAAAAGUUUGGGAGCAGCAAGACUUGGAUCCCGCAUCUCAAUUGAAAAGGCGCCGGAUGCUACAGUUUGAGCCCGAAGCUCUGGAGGAAAAUCUUGGCAAUGAUGACAUGUUUCUGAAAUCUAAGGAGACGAAGGAAUGUCUAGAAGAUGCUCUAUCUGAAAUGACUCAGUGGGUAGCUGGAUUCUCAGAAGAAAAUUCAAUUUCCUGUAACGAGUGUUUGGACCCGUCAGCUGAAGGAUGGAUUGCUGAUUGCUUUAAUGAUGCAGAAAUGCAUUUCUGCACGGAAGAUAUAAGUAAUGCAUCUGGAGAAUCUGAUGUUCAAAUUGACAUUACAGAUCUUUGCAGCGAACCCCCUGAAUAUGACACUAAUAUAGCCGAACCACAACCCGUUAAUACUCAUCCGAACGUUGUUUUCAAAGGUAGAAAGCCAUACAUCCGCGCACCUCCGAAAAUCUCAUCUUCCAUAGUCUAUCCAUUCGCAUUCAUCAAACCAUGCGGCGCACACGGCGACAUGACUCUAAAGGACAUCAACGAAAAGAUACACAACCCACCAAAAUCAAAGCCCCGAGAAGAUCCACCCGUCGCCUACCCCACAUCAGCCUUUUCUGGGAAACCUGUUGUCGGGAAAACCAAAAUCCACACUGAAGGCGGGAAAGGGAGCAUCACGAUCAUGCGAACGAAAGGGUGAAAAGUAAGUCUAAAACUGCGCUCGUUUUCUGAUAUAUAUAUAUAUGUGUGUGUAUGUAUUGUAUGCGCGAUAGGAACCAGCUUCAGCCGAUGGAAGGUUAACUUUUCAGGUCAGUUCUAAGCUGUUUUUGUUUUCUCUGAUUGACCUGUCUAUGUUUACUGUAUGAUCGGAAUGAUUCGAACAUAUUGUUUAAGGAUGUUGUUAUUGAAUGUCGGUUUCGUCGAUCCGAGGCUGUUCUUUUGAGGAUUUGAUCAUUGAAAGAAAAAAGAGGAAAAAAAUUGUGUGCAUUUUGUUGUUGUUCUUGCUUGAUGAUGGAUUGAAUUGUUGCUGAUGAUGUUAAUGGAAAUUUAGGUUGUGUUA